CCGCGACCCUCGGCUCAUCAUCAAAUGGCCGACGCAGGGCGAGCAGAGGCAGCGGCCAUGGACGACGACGGCAACGAAGGCGACAUUGACGACGACUCGGACUUUGUCGACAAUGACGAUGACGAAGGCGAUGGCGUAGACGACGAUGACGAUGUGGGCCGCCAUGUCGAGCACGACAUGGCCGAGAACGUCGACGAGAUCGGCGGGUCGACCGUGGCCGAGAUCCAGCAGCGCCUCGCCCGGUAUGCGCAAUUUGGCGAUGAAGGCGAUGGCUUUGAUGCCGAGUGGGCAGCCACCUACGUGGCCAAGGCGCGCCAGUGGAAGGCGACGCAUGGCACCGACAUUGACACCAACGUCCGCGGCGUCGCACCGACACCCGAGGUGGGUGGCCCCGUGCUGCCCGUUCGUUGGCAUCACGUACUGAGCCUCAUCUUCCUCGGCCUCGCCAUUAGCGUCCAAGUGUAUAUGAUCUUUGGCUGAGUCGCGUCGGUCCCAGCGCCUGUCCGCUCAACCGACGACAAGCUCUCGGUCCACGUCGCUACCUACAUAGCUAGCAAGUAUGCCACCAAGCGCUGUGCGAUCUGUACGUUGCAAACCCGCUCUUGCACCUGCA